AUGCUAGAUAAUCCAAAAAUAUAAUUAGAAACAGAUAUCAUUUUAUAAGGAUUUAAUAUGUAAUUAGUAUGUAAGCUAGUGAUCAUUUACUGUAAACAUAUUAUUCAUUUCUUAGUUAUACAGAAUUAGAAUCUAAAUAAGAACCUUAGAUUUGGAAAAAUACUUAUAAAAUAGAUAAUAUAGAAGAACUUACUCGUAAGACAGGAAAUCUAAUAAAUUUAAUAAAUUUCUCUCUUUUUAUAAACUGCAAUACAAAAAAAUAAUGAAAAUGUAUUAUGAUAUAAUCUUAAUAGGUUUUAUUUGAAAUUUUGACAUAUAAGAUCUCGAAUUUGAAAUAUAGUUUAUAUAAUAGGUAAUAGAUUUAAUAGAAAUAAUAAGAUUAAAGUUAAAAUUCUACGAUAUCAUCAACAAAUUCAAAAUUUAAUAAGAGAUAUUUGAUUUUAUCAUAUUAGACUGAUUUUAAAAAAAUCAUUAUCCUUUUGGCCUUAAAUAAUGAGGAGUAAAUAGAAAAAUCAAGAUUGAUGACAAAAAUUGAGAAUUUAAAGACGAACUUUUUGAUUAUAAAUUAUAAAAAUUAAAUGAUGGAGAAUUUUAGGGUUCGAAUUCAUUUUCUAAAAGUAAGACAAAUGUAUAAACUCCUGAUUCAUUAAUGAA